GUUUUCGUUACUUGUGUGGCAGUUAUUGUUGGCUUUCUGAUGGGAAGAUUACAGUGAUCACAAUUGCUUAAUAAAGUCAGUGAAGUGCCAGUUUCAAAUGCAUAGUAACGCCACAGUCUAUGUUAGACUGUGGUAACGCUCAGAAUUGAAUUGAUGUAGUGUCAAAGAUAUUACUUGACCACCGUAUAUCAACGAGGUUCUUAGGGAUAUUUCAGUGUCAGCUGCGCUCCGUGGUGUAAGGUUGUCAGAGUGUGACGUGAGUGUGUGACAACUGUUAGUUCAUAGUUGUAAAGCGUCUGUGUUGGGUAGGAGUUCUGUGAACGAAAUAAGUGUUACAGUCAUGUCAUCCUUUGAAGAAGUUGAAAACGAACUUGAUAGAAAGCUUAAAAUAUUCUUCAGCAACCCAGAUAACCUUCAGGCAGCAUCAGAAAACGUCUUCGAAAGUCUACUCGAGGAAGUUAUCCUUGGUGUUGUGUUCGAAGUGCACCGCUCUGUUAAGACCGGUUUGUACGAAAUUGAAGAAGCGAUACAAGAGGAUGCGAACGAAUUUCGAAUUGUAGAUGCGCCUGAUUUGGAUAUUUUCGGCCAGCAACCAAUCAAGAAACCGCAGGAAUGCACCUGCCCAAGCUGUAAACGUAGCCUCGCAGCUUUAAGAUUUGCACCACAUCUUGAAAAAUGUAUGGGUAUGGGCCGAAAUAGUUCGAGAAUUGCGAGCAGAAGGAUAGCGAACAAUAGUAAAGAGAGCGUGGGUUACGGUGGUAUGAUGAGUGAUGACGACGAUGACGCGGACUGGACCGUAGGUUCAGAUAGGAGACGCAAGAAGCGUGAUCGCAAUGGUACAAAAAGAUCAAGGAAUCCCAAGGCGAUGCGCAACGGAGACGUCAGCUCGGAAACUAGCGUCAGCUCCGACGUAGGCUCACACAUGAGCUACGAUGGUAUGACAAACGAAGAGAAAAAGACGUUGCUGACUCAGAUUUGUGGUGUUAUAUCAGAGCAUACAAGAAAGCUUUGCACUAGGUCAAUGAGGUGCCCGCAACAUACUGAUGAACAGAGACGCUUAGUGAGAGCAUCAUUAAUUCAGCAACAGGAACCAGAAAUGAAUGGUGGGCCAGAACUGUUGCAUGUGGACGGGGAUAUUGGUGACGAAGGUGAUGGACAGAGUAUGAGAGAGUCUGUGGGUCGCGGUUGGGAACAAGAACAUUCAAAUACGUCGUCACCAGCAGACUCAGCUUCAACAAGUUCGUCCUCAUCCAAAAAGAGGGAGAAGAUACCGAAGUCCAAAAGUAAAAGUUCAAAAAAUCACAAAGGAUCUCCUAGUUUCCAUAAUUCUCAUGCCGAAUUGUAAAAAUGUUAUUUAACAGUAUUGUAAUGGUACAUAUAGAUUUGGGCAAAACUUCAUAUAAAAUAAGACACAUUAGUGCUCCAUUAAAGUGUGCAGCUCCUUUAUACAAAACUUUUCAUAAAGAUUAAUCAUUUGUACAUGUUGAUAGCCGCUUGUUUUGAAAACUAAUAUAUUUUAGUUGAUUGUUCCAAAUCAAAAGCCGUAUAAAAGUGGAGGGUGUAUGGCUUCACUGUCUUAUGAAAGAGUUGUUUUUUCCCCGUGGUAAAUAAGUUAAUCUUGAACAUUUUUAGUGUCUUUAAACUAUGUAAAAAAAGGUUUAGGGUACAUUCCUGUACCCUGUGAAGACAUCAGUCUGUGUCUUUGAAGUGCAAAUUUUUGUUCUCUAAUUUUGUGAGAAUCCUUCAUUAAUCCCUUGUAGUAAAUUGUUAAUUUUGAAUGGGUAGAAACGUACUUGAAACUCUGAUUUUAUUAGUGAGAGUCUAAAUCUGUGAUGAUAAUUUACUUAUAUACUCUAUAAUAUUAUUCCUUCCUGCAACUGCCUCCUCAUCCUCCUCCAGUGCAUUGUAAAUCUGAAGAUUGUGUCAUAUAAGUUAAAAAAUGUUACACGAGUUAAAAAAAAUUAAAAGGACAUUAAAAUUGAAUUAUUUUCUCAUUCUUAUUGAAAAAAAAUAAAAAAAGCAUAGAGUUAUUGUGGGAUUGGUGUCAGUGUGCUGUGAUGUCUGUGUGAGUACAGUUAUGUAUAUCAAAUAACAGUGCAUCAAGUUUUUGUAACAUUGAUGUCAGUGUGCUUUGGUGUUUGUGUAAGUACUAUCAGGACAAUAGAAGAGCCUCCUUUUUUUAUCAUUUUCCAAAAACUAAACUUCACAUUGGGUAAUACCACAAUGCAGCCAUACACAGUUGUCUUCCUGCCAUUAGUAUGCAACAGGGAUACUGACAAAAAUAUUUUCUGUCUACCACAUGUAUUAAUAGUAUCAGAAUAAGUGAUUGUUUACAUAUAGUGUAUUUGACAGUUUUGCAACAUAUUCCAUCUACAGUUAUAUGAAAAAUAUAUGAUGUUAAAAUAUAUCAGUAUUAUCUAUGCUUGCUUUUUGCUUAAGUAUCUCGGUUGUUAGAAAUCUGUUGGUAUUCUGUAUGUUGCAGGAACUGUGGCAAACCCUGUGCUUUGUGCCUUUCCGUCCUGAAUAUUAUUUAUGUUAGAGAACUGAAUGGUGUGGGUUCUUCACUUUUUAGGUGUGUUGAUUGUAAAACAAUUUGUUGUCAUUUAUAUGUGCACUGAACAUAACCUGUGGUUAUGUAGGGUUCAGCACAAAGCUAAUUUGGCCUGUCAUAAAUUUCAAAGCAUUAAUGACACCAAAGGGCAUAAAAAUAGUCAAAGCACGAGACACAAUUAAGCAGUUUACAUUGUUUAUGGACACAGCUGUUGCUGUGGAAAAGCAUUUACUUUAGUUUGUAUCAUGAGGUUUAAUUUGAUAAAAAUUGCCACUGCAUGUAAAUAAAGUAUCUUCUAGUAAUCAUUUAAUGGAAAACAGACAUGUUGAUGGUUUUUGUGGACAAAUGUCUCAUGAGUUUUAAAGAAAUCUCACUGUGAAAGGUAGAGUAAUCUCAGAAAACUGCACUGCAAAUGAAUGGUAAACUUUCUGUAUCCAAAAAAUUCAUACUAAUCGUUGAUACGAACAUGUAGAGCUUCCCUGUGCAGGUUAGCAUUACAUUCCAAUAAAAAUGUAGAUUCUUGUGAUCAUCUCCCAUUGUUUCAGGGUUCUGUUCAUCAGACAAGUUUUCUUGAAUAAGAGAGCCAUUUCACUGAAAUAAGUUUAGUGUGUCAUGCCACCUUGCACUCCACCUGGCUCUCAGGUGACUUUGAUGUAUUCUUGUAGCUCACUUAUUUAAAUAAAAACUAGCCUUGUCCAGUAUGUGUAUCACUCGAGAUGUAUACCAUUCCCAUCAAUCAUCUCACUGAUUCCAGUGUGAUAACCUGAAACAUAUAUCUACUAAAUCCAUGAAAUUAUGCUGUGAUAAUCUCUGAUCAGAUAAUGUUUAACACUUGCUGUGUAAGAGACUAGCAUCGACAGCCCUUGAUUUGCAACGCUCACUACAUUUAGGGAUAGCUGGGCUGUUUUUCUGAUAUGUGAA